AUGGCAGCUCGGAGGCGCAGGCCCGCCCUGCGGCUCUGCGCCGCAGUUUUUCUACUGGAUCUGGCUUUCUGUAAAGGACAUGUGGAAGAUCUCGAUGACUCGUUUAAAGAAAAUCGAAAAGAUGACAUUUGGCUUGUAGAUUUUUAUGCACCAUGGUGUGGCCAUUGUAAAAAGCUGGAACCGAUUUGGAAUGAAGUUGGUCUUGAGAUGAAAAGCAUCGGUUCUCCAGUGAAAGUGGGAAAGAUGGAUGCUACUUCCUAUUCCAGCAUUGCUUCAGAGUUUGGAGUUCGAGGUUAUCCAACAAUUAAGCUAUUAAAAGGGGACCUAGCAUAUAAUUAUAGAGGACCACGAACAAAAGAUGAUAUAAUUGAGUUUGCUCACAGAGUGUCAGGGGCUCUAAUUCGGCCACUUCCGAGUCAGCAAAUGUUUGAACAUAUGCAGAAGAGACAUCGUGUAUUUUUUGUUUAUAUAGGUGGAGAGUCACCUCUGAAGGAGAAAUACAUUGAUGCUGCUUCAGAAUUAAUUGUAUAUACGUACUUCUUUUCUGCCUCAGAAGAAGUCGUCCCUGCGUAUGUGACCCUGAAAGAGAUGCCCGCCGUGCUUGUUUUCAAAGAUGAAACCUAUUUUGUUUAUGAUGAGUAUGAAGAUGGUGAUCUGUCAUCUUGGAUCAACAGGGAGAGGUUUCAGAAUUACCUUACGAUGGACGGCUUCCUCUUGUAUGAACUUGGAGACACUGGAAAGCUUGUGGCUAUCGCAGUAAUUGAUGAGAAAAAUACAUCAGUUGAACAUACCAGAUUAAAAUCAAUUAUUCAGGAAGUUGCUAGAGAUUACAGAGACCAGUUCCACAGGGAUUUUCAGUUUGGCCACAUGGAUGGAAAUGACUAUAUAAAUACCUUGCUGAUGGAUGAAUUGAAAGUCCCAACUGUGGUUGUACUGAAUACUUCAAACCAACAGUACUUUUUACUAGAUAGACAGAUUAAGAAUGCAGAAGACAUGGUCCAGUUCAUUAAUAACAUCUUGGAAGGCACAGUAGAUGCCCAAGGAGGUGAUAGCAUUUUGCAGAGAUUGAAACGAAUAGUAUUUGAUGCCAAAUCUACUGUUGUGUCCAUAUUCAGGAGCUCCCCACUGAUGGGCUGCUUCCUCUUCGGCCUGCCCCUGGGCGUCAUCAGCAUCAUGUGCUACGGCAUCUACACGGCUGACGCGGACGGAGGCUACAUCGAGGAGCGGUACGAAGUGUCCAAGAGCGAGCCUGAUGGCCCAGAGCCGGCAGGAGAGAGCCAGGAGCCCCCGGAGCCCGGGGCUGGGGAGUCUCUGCUGCCCGCCCCGCAGGAGCCCAAAGACGUGCUAGAAAAAAAGAAAGAUUGA